UCGUCAUGUUGAGAAUGGACGAGGAGACCAAAUUGCCAUUAUUUAUGACAGUCCUGUAACAAAUACCAAAGACAAAAUAACAUAUAAGGAACUUUUGGAAAAGAGCAUUGCCAAACCAAGUGGAAGAACUGGUUUAAGUUUUCUGGGGUCUCCAAGUUAGCUGAUGUCAUGAUCAAACAUGGUGUGAAGAAAGGAGAUCGUGUGGUUAUCUACAUGCCCAUGAUUCCACAGACAGUGUACUGUAUGCUGGCUUGUGCAAGAAUAGGAGCCAUCCAUAGCCUCAUUUUUGGUGGAUUUGCAUCUAAAGAGCUUUCAGUUCGCAUUGAUCAUGCAAAGCCCAAACUUAUUGUAACAGCAAGUUUUGGAGUAGAACCGAAAAGGAAAGUGGAAUACUUAUCUCUCCUAGAAGCAGCACUGGCAAGGGUACAGAGCAAACCUCAUAAAGUUCUCAUUUACCAGCGACCUAAUUUGGGCCAUGUUCCUCUUACCAGAGGCCGUGAUCUUGACUGGGAAGAAGAGCUUGCAAAAGCCCAAUGUUCAAAAUGUGUCUCUGUUCCCUCAGACCAUCCACUUUAUAUUCUGUAUACAUCUGGAACAACAGGUUUGCCCAAGGGUGUUGUGAGACCAACUGGUGGCUAUGCAGUUAUGCUGAACUGGACUAUGUCAGCUGUGUAUGGACUCAAACCUGGUGAGGUAUGGUGGGCAGCUUCUGAUUUAGGCUGGGUUGUUGGUCAUUCCUACAUUUGCUAUGGACCUCUCCUUCAUGGUAAUACUACAGUUCUGUAUGAGGGGAAGCCUGUGGGAACGCCAGAUGCUGGUGCCUAUUUCCGUGUGCUAGCAGAGCAUGAAGUAGCUGCCUUCUUUACUUCACCAACUGCAAUUAGAGCAAUCCGUCAGCAGGACCCUGAGGCAGCCUUGGGAAAGCAGUACUUGCUGAAAAGGUUCAGGAUGAUGUUUGUAGCUGGUGAGCACUGUGAUGUGAACACACUAGAAUGGUCAAAAAGAGUCUUCAAGGUACCUGUCUUGGACCACUGGUGGCAAACUGAAUCUGGUUCUGCAAUUACGGCUUCCUGCGUUGGUUUGGGGAACUCUACAACACCUCCAUCUGGACAGGCAGGAAAACCAGUGCCAGGAUAUAAUGUCAUGAUUCUGGAUGCAAAUAUGAAACCAGUGAAGGCAAAGACUUUGGGAAAUAUUGUGGUAAAGUUGCCUUUGCCUCCUGGAGCAUUCUCAGGUCUUUGGGAAAAUCAAGAAAUAUUUCAGAAGUUAUAUUUCCAAAAGUUCCCAGGAUAUUACGAUACUAUGGAUGCUGGUUAUAUGGAUGAAGAUGGCUAUCUGUAUGUCCUGUCUCGAGCUGAUGAUGUGAUCAAUGUUGCUGGACACAGAAUUUCUGCAGGUGCGAUUGAAGAGUGUAUUCUCUUCCAUCCUGCUGUGGCAGAUUGUGCUGUUGUGGGCCAGGAGGAUCCUGUAAAAGGACAUGUUCCAUUUGCACUGUGUGUACUGAAACAAGGUGUAAAGACACAAGAGAGUAAGAUUUUGAAAGAGAUUGUUGAGCGAGUUCGGACCAAUAUUGGUCCAGUAGCAGCUUUCCAGAAGGGGAUGUUUGUGACACAGCUACCAAAAACACGCUCUGGCAAGAUCCCGCGUUCUGCUCUUUCUGCACUUGUAAGUGGAAAGCCAUACAAGAUAACACCAACCAUUGAAGAUGCUAGUGUGUUUGAACACAUUGAAGAAUUGCUAAAGAAAAACUAAAUGGGAUAAUAUAUAAUAAUGAGCAUUUCAGUUAUUCAAGUAUACAAAGAAGCUUUUUUUUUUUUUAAGAGUACCACAUUUUAAAAGCAAGUAAUGAUUUGGGACUGAAUGUUUUUACUGCGGAAACAUUACUGUGUUCUUUGCCAUCUUGCCACAGCCACUGACACAUAGUGAAGUCUCUGCCUGCUGUCAGUAUAUGCUGGUUAUUAAGAUAGCUAAGAAUUGCAAAUAGAAAGGAAUCAUUGUAUUAUCUAUCUUAUAUGGUGUUUUGUAACCUUACAUUUCAAUCUGUUAUUUUACAAUGUGACCAGUAACUUUUCUUUGGCUAAAGCAUCUUACAAAAGUAAACCAUGAACAGAGGACAGCAAAAAAGGAAUUUGAUUGUGAAAAUUGAUGCAGGCAUAAAUUGUUAUUAUUUUUAAAUUGUAGUUCUUGUCUUUUUGAUUUUUUCUAAAAUUAAAAAUUUUCAGAUAAUUUCUCUUGGUUCCAUUUUAUUUUUUUUCCCAAGGUCUUUCUGCCAUAAAUUAGAUUUCUAUAAUUUUUUUACUCAAUAACUUUCUGAAUAGUCUUUUUUGUAAAACGAUAAUUCCUGGCUUUCAAAUCUGUAAAAAUCUUGAUUUGUCCACCAUAAUAUUCAGAAAACCCCAUGUAUAUUAAAUAAAGGCAGGCAUUUAUCCUUUGCA